GUUUUAUAAAAUUUUAUUCCCACCACAGCUUAUGAUGUCAACACGUCACAAAGAAUGGCUGCUCACUUUGCUCACCAAGAAGUAAACAAAAGUUGGGGGUAUAAAUGUGACAACUGUGGCAAAGUAUACACCCUGUCCCAUGUUCUUUCACGACACAAAUGGAAGUGCAAAGGGCUGCGGGAAAUCCUCUGCCAGAUUUGCAAUGCAAAAUUCUACAGAAUGGAUCAUCUGAAGAAACACAUGUUUCGUCAUGGUGCUGUGGAGCAAUGGUUUCCUAAUGCUGGUUCUCGGACUACCGGUACAUCUAACUCAUGGCCCUCAUUGGACAGUUCGGCUAUUGAAAAAAGUGAACCUCGAAAUAAUAAAAAUAAAAGGGAAAAGGUUACAUCUUGAAACUACCUACAUGAGGAUGUACUUACCAAGAAAUAUUUGUAUUGUCUUGUUCUUAGAUAUUUUUUUUAAUACUUUAAUUUCUUUUAUAAGGACUGUCAUAAUUUACAAACCUUCUCUACGGUACAAAUUAAACAUUUCUACUUCUAACACUUAAUAUUAAACAGCUUUUGGCAAAUUAUAAGACAUGUUGAGAAUUGAUUACAUUGUACGGUAAUUAGGAAAGUUGAAUGUCAAUGUUUACUAUUACCAGUGUAACUUUAAUAUAUAAUAAUGACAACUCAGGCU